AUGACGGAAAGAACUGUUGCACUGGCUCAGAAACUUCCUGUAUUUGUGGGGGUGAAGUUUGUCAACGAAAAAAAGACAGCCCUCGUCCAGAAUAAACACAUCAAAAGUGGACCCCUCCAAGAAGGAGCGGAAGUUGUCGUUAAUUUUAAUGGCAAACACGAAAAUGCAAGAAUUGCCGUUUUAAGUGCAUCACGUGUCACGACUAUAACUCUUGGUGGUAAAUGUUCUUCUGGAUAUGUAUUUCUUAUAGGAGUGCGACUGUACGAUUUACCUGAGGAGGUAUUAUUAAAGAUCUGUGGAUAUAUCCAGUUGCCUGAUCUCUUAAGGACUGUCUCACCGGUAUGCCGAAGGUUUAGAAACAUUUGCCACUUUUUCUACAACAAGUCACACUUUGACGACACUUUUCUUCACGCGCAUGAUUUUCGAAGCUUAUCAUUUGUCAGCUACGUCGGGCAACUGAAAAUGGAAGUUCCAGAGCAAUACAUCGAAGAUGGUUUAUGCUGCUGCACUCAAUUGAGGGAGCUGGAUAUUAGUUACAAUCGCUCAAUCAUGAAUUUAACGUUUUUAUUUAAGAUGCCCAAUUUAGAAAUUCUUAACAUCGAGUAUUGCUGCAAUGUCGAUGCUGAAACAGCGGUGCAGGCACUUAAGAGCUUGCAACGUCCAAAGAAAGUAGUUAUGGCAUUGUGUAAGCAGUUUACCAUGGAACAGAUCUGUGAAAUAUUUUGCAGUAACAACUCAUAUGUGCACAUUGAUGUUGAGAACUGCUCCCAUCUUUCUGUUAAGUGUUCAAAGGCCAUUUUACAGGCUAAUCUGAGCUACGGUGUUUUAUGUUUACUCCCAUUUGGGGUCCUCCUCCUAAGUGGGUGGAGUUGAUGGCUAAGAAUAGCCAGGUCACAUUCUCCGCUGACCUAGACCGAAUGUUUGAGAGGUGCAUUUAUCCUGAUUGGCUGCUUCCUGGAGAGCUGGAUGAACUUUAAAGUGGCUUUCAAAAGUUUACAGCACUUUUGCUUUAA